AUGGGACGCCAUUCAAAGAAGAAUGUUUUGGCAGUGGUGUUUCUCAUUGGAGUAAUGUACUUUCUUAACUUCCUACUAUUUGCACAGGGCUGGAUCAUUUCACAUCCGAUUCCAAAUGAGUUAACUUUCCAAGCAGAGAGGUUGGUUAGUAAGGAGUCGUGGGUGGAGCAGGGAGGUUACCUGCCUCUCAAUGUGUCCUAUCGCGUGCUUGCUGGAGCACCAUCUACUCAACAGAGGUAUUUAUCCAUUGGAUUAUCAUCAGUGAUGAGGAAGAAGGGCAGCUACCUAAUCCCCACCUUGGAGUCCCUCUUCUUCCAGUCAUCUCCUGAAGAGCGCUCUUCCAUGGUGGUGGUAGUGUUGCUGGCAGAUUUUGAUGUCAGCUGGAGAGUGACCACAGCGAGGGAGAUCAAAACUCUAUUUGCUUUGGAGCUAGAACAGGGCCAGCUGGUGGUCCUCCAUGUUUCUCAGGACCAGUACCCUUCUGUUACAGGUCUAAAGAGGAACUUCAACGACGCUCCAGAAAGGGUAUCGUUCCGCUCCAAGCAGAACCUGGAUUACUCCUUCCUGAUCCACUACAGUGCCAGUCUAGGCAGAUACUACCUCCAGCUAGAGGAUGACGUCUCCGCCGCAAAAAAUUUCCUCUCCACCAUCAGGAGGCGCGUUGCGGAGCAAGAAGCGAAGAAGACCACCUGGGCAAUGCUGGAAUUCUCAGUCCUCGGCUACAUUGGCAAACUCUACAAAUCUGCACAUCUUCCUCUCCUGGCCCGGUUUCUCUUCCUCUUCUACCAGGAAAUGCCUUGCGACUGGUUAAUGGCUCGCUUCCGAGAGUUGCUGACACAAAAGGAACCAAUCAUAUUCAAACCCUCACUGUUCCAACAUAUGGGUACUUUCUCCUCGUUCCAAGGGACAUACAACAGGCUAAAGGACAAGGACUUUGAUGAGGUGUUCUACACCAAUCCUUCAGCUGAGGUUUAUUCUGAUAUGUCCACCUACAAGAAGCAAUACCCCAAACUGGCCUGGGAUCGUGAGGGAUUUUUCUGGGGACGCUCCCCAGAAAAUGGAACUUAUCUGACUGCAGUGUUCACGGACCCUGCAGUAGUGACGGGGAUAUUUGUAGAAACGGGAUCAGAGGGCAAAGACCUCCUUAAGUCAGCUAAAGUGGAGAUAGGCCGUGACGUGAUUACCACAGAGAAAGGGGAGAAGAGUUGUAAAGAGUUUCAGUCAGUAGGGACGUUAGAGAAUGGGAGGUUUGAGAAGCGAGAGAUGGACAAAAAGUAUAUCUCUACCUCUUCUUGUCUAAGGAUAAAAGUCACAGCUGGGCAGAAGGAUUGGGUGAUCAUCAAGAAAAUCAGGAUCUCAACAAAGUUGAGUACAAUUCCACACCAAAGCAAGGAGUGAAGUUUUUGUCUUCCGGACAGAUAAACGUUUUUUAUUAUUUGACCUGUUGGAUCUUGUAUGCAAGUUGAACAUGUGACUUUUAUGCCUUGUUAAACAUGAAACUGUGUGAAACUACUGUUAAUAAGAAAACGUUUGAUUGCUCUUUGGUAAAUGGACUGUUCUUGUACAGAUCUUUUCAAAGUCUUCAACCUCUCAAAGCUCUUUAACACUACAUGUUGUCGGGGAAAAAUCCUAACUUGUCCUUCUGACAGUAACAUAUGUAACUUCGGGACAUCAAUGAUGACCGACAUGUCCUGGGUUCAUCUUAGUGGACAAGCCAAACAUAUGGAUCAUAGAGGGUCAGGGCAGUUGAGAUAGAGAAACUGUAUCGUCAUCGUUGUGUUGUUGAGUAGAUCAAACACAGUUAUUUGUCUACUAAGCUUUCGUAAACGUCAAAGGACGGAGAUCUUGGUCUGAAACGUUAGCAGUAAUUUCUGACAACCUUACGAGAAGGCUCAGAGAUUCCUGUUCCAUUCAGCUGAAUGUUUCAAGACUUGUCUGUACUAGGGCUCAUGGUUGAUUCCUUGUAAACUUGUU